AUGGUAGGCUCUCAACUAGGAGUAGUUGGCUCUGGAGCACAGUUUCAGAGCCUUGAUGAUUUUGUGAAAGAACAAGAUGAGUUGCAAGCAGAGAUCAAUCGGGAGUGUUUGAAUGCACACUCUCAAAGUGGUUCACCAGCCACCAAGAAGACCAGAAAUACACCAGAUGUCGCUUCUGUACUACUUGAGGAUCAGGCAUUAAAGGGAAUGGGAGACACAAACUGGGUGGGAAGACUACAAGAAUACCAUCAAGUCAAAGCUAUUUACCCUCCUCCAAAAUACACCGAGAUCCAAGUUUCCCUCUCGAGAUUCAGUUGCUCUGUAACCAUCAAAGAAAAACCAGAACCCAUCACGAGUACUGUCACCUUUGGGCGCAAGAAAGAAGCUAAGGGAUUUGUCUCCAAACUUGCUAUUGACUGGCUUGUCUCGCAAAACCUCAUGCCUUCCAACGGAGCUGUCAAAUUUCCAAAAGUCCCUGUCGCACCCCAGACUCCCCAGCCAAAGAAAAUCCGCACCUCAACCUCUCCUUCCACAACCUCUCCAGCCUCAAUUACCACCACUCCGCGUGAACGAAGCACCUCACCCACUUCAUACCCAGGACUGAUCCCAGAUUUAUGUCACGCACUCGGUUUCAAUAUACCCACCUACAAGAUUGCUCUCAUGGUAGAAGGUAUUCCAAUCUAUCAUGGCUACGCAGAUUUUGGAUCCGAUCCCCGAAUUCUGGGAAAAGUUGGAGAGUUCCGGGAUAUUUACGGUAAAAAGAAGGCCAAAGAAGUUUGUGCAAAGGAAGUCUGGAGCUUCUUGAAGGACACUGAAAGGCAAAGAUUGGAAGGAAUUGAGGACUCGGGGAUAGAGAAGAAGAGAACGAAGAAGGAGACACCUCAAGAACAGGGGAUGAAUGGUGAUGGUGAUGGUGAUGUUGGGAUUGUAAGUGGGAUUUAG